AUGAAUAUUUAUAUACCGAUACCGGUUUAUGUCACAUUAAGCGUGUUGUUAUUUUCAGCAUGCAUUGCCAAUAUCAUUGUAAAUACAAAUAUUCAAAAUAUACAGGGUGAAUUAAGGCAACCAAUUGGAAUAAAAGAGUUAUUCUUUGAUAAUUAUAUAAAUUUAGUUAUAAUAAUCAAUACAAUUUUCACUCUUUUAAUAGUUUUUGGUAAAUUUAUACAAUACUUAUUUUUUGGACAACUUAGAGACAUUGAAGCAAGAAAUUUUAAUGAUAGAUUAUGGACAUAUGUAGUUUCAAAAUUAAUUUUUAUAUUUGCAGCUAAAGAACCAGAAUUAGGAUCAUUAUUAGUUUGGGGAUUUUGGUUUUCAAUUUUAUGUUGCUUAAAAUUAUUUUCCCUAUUAUCAAGAGACAGAUUUGAUUAUUUGAAUACAUUUUUACCAAAUACCCAUGCAAAAAUUCAUUUAAAGUUAUUGAUGUUAUUAGUUGGUAUUUUAAUUAGUGAUUUAAUUUGGUUUUAUUUCUCAAUUACUUAUUUCUUUGGUGAGGGUCUAUCAAAUUUAAUGUUAUUAAAUUUUGAAUGUUUUACAAUAUUUUUUGAAACUGUUCAAACAUUGAUUAAAUAUUCAAUUCAUUUAUUCGAUUUAUCAUCAGAAGAUGUUUGGGAUAAAAGAGGACAAUAUAUUUAUUAUACAGAGUUUUCAACAGAUUCAGUAAUUUUAGCAGGAACUUGUGCACAUUUAAUUCAUAUUAUUAUUAUUCAAGGGUUUACACCAACUUUAUUACAUGUUGUAAUGUUUUUCUACUUUAAGAUGGUGUUUGGAAAUUUAAAUAGAAAGAUUACAGCAUAUAGAAACUAUUGUAAAUUAACUUCAGAUAUGGAUAAUUGUUAUCCAAAUGUAGGUGAAAAAGAUUUAGAGAAUUAUAAUGAUGAUUGUGCAAUUUGUAGAGAUAGAAUGGUUACCGCUAAAAAAUUACCAUGUGGUCAUAUAUUUCAUCAUUCUUGUUUAAGAGCAUGGUUAGAACAACAUCACUCAUGUCCAACUUGUAGAAGAUCAUUAAUUGAUGAACAUCAACAUCAUUUAGGUAAUAAUGGUACAGCAACAGCAACAAUAGCAGGAGCAUCAGGGGUAACAACAACAACAACUAUAAAUGGUGGUACAGGAUCAACAUCAGCAUCGACAGCAAUAGAUCCAUUAUCAAUUACAUCACCAUCUUCAUCUUCCUCAUCACCAACAGGACCAGAAUAUUCAAAUGGUAUACCAAGAACCUUAUCAAGGCAAUCAUUAACAGCAUCACAAUAUAAUAAUUUGGUGUACAAUGCAAACUAUAUUCAUGGUUUAUUUGAAAAUAUUUCAACUCAAACCAUCCAAAAUGAUUUAUUGCAAACAAAUAAUGUAAAUAGAACUAUAGAUAACAUUUUAGAGGGUAGAUUGGUCGAACCUUCAACUUUAGCUCAAGAUAAUAGCAAUAAUAACAAUAAUAAUAAUAAUAACAACAAUGUUGUUAAUAAUAAUAAUAAUAAUAAUAAUGAUAACAAUGAUAAUAGCAGUGAUUACAGUAAUAGUACUAAUGGUACUGACAGUGGCGAAGCUAUGUCUCCUUCAAAACAAACCCACUUUAAAGAUCCAAACAAAAAAGAUCAAAGUAUGGAUGGAAGUGGCAGUAGUGGAAGUAAUAAUAAUAAAAAUAAUAAUAAUAAUAAUAAUAAUAAUAAUAAUAAUAAUAAUAAUAAUAAUAACAAUAAAGAUAAAAGUAAUCAUUCUAAAUUGGAUGAACCUGUAGAUAGCAAUAAUAAUAUUAAUAAUAAUAAUAAUGAUAAUGGUGAUAAUAAUAAUGAUAAUAAUAAUAAUAAUAAUAAUAAUAAUCAAAAUGAAGAUAAAUCUUCAAUUUUACCAAUUAAACCAUUGGAAAAGUUUUCAGAUUCAUUUAAAUCGACAUCACAAGAAAGAUAUACGAGUUUACAACAAAGAAAAAAAUCAAUGUUGGAAGCUUCAAGAAAACAAUUCUUAGAAACUAUGAGUGAAUUUAAAACCGAUUAA